AUGUCGAGUGUUUCGUUAUCGUCGUCGUUCCAGUCGCAAGGCUGGGUUGUGCAGAAGUUUGGAGGCACGUCAGUUGGAAAGUUCAGCGAGCAGAUUACCGAUGAGAUUGUCAGCGUGUAUUCCAAGACGAACAGAGUAGCGGUUGUUUGCUCAGCGCGCUCGUCAAAGACCAAGAGUGAGGGCACCACGUCGAGGCUGCUGAGGGCUGCGGACCUGGCGUCCAUCGACGGCGACUACCAGGGAGUGCUGGAGCUGGUGAGAGAGGACCACCUGAGCAAUGCGAAGGCGCUGGUGAAGUCCCCAGAGUUGCUGGCGCAGCUGCUGAAGGAUACGAAUUUUGAGUGUGACCAGGUGUUGAAGCUGUUGCAUGCUUCGCAGAUCAUUGGUGAGAUCUCUCCUCGUACGCUGGACUCCAUCAUGAGCGCCGGUGAGAAGCUCAGCUGUCUCUUCAUGACCGCUCUGUUCAACGACCACGGAAUCAAGGCCAAAUACUUUUGUUUUUGGGGUCUCGUUGCUCCAGGGCUGGAUCUGUCCAAGUCCGGGUUUGACGACUCCUUCUACAAGAACCUGAGCCAGUCGCUGGCUGAGAAGAUCAUGGAGUUGGAAAAUGACGACAUCGUGCCAGUGUUUACAGGUUACUUUGGUAUUGUGCCUGGUGGGUUGUUGAACGGUGUUGGACGUGGUUACACGGACCUGUGUGCUGCGUUGAUUGCCGUUGGUAUCAACGCUGAUGAGCUGCAAGUCUGGAAAGAAGUUGACGGUAUCUUCACAGCAGACCCACGUAAAGUGGCCACUGCUCGUCUCCUACCUUCUGUCACCCCAGAGGAGGCUGCAGAGUUGACAUACUACGGCUCUGAGGUUAUCCAUCCAUUCACAAUGGAGCAAGUCAUCAAGGCAAAGAUCCCAAUCAGAAUCAAGAACGUUGAGAACCCGACAGGUGACGGCACAAUCAUCUACCCUGAUGACGUUGGCCGUAAAGGUGAAGAGACUCCAUUGCAUCCACCUCAGAUCGUGGCACAACAGGCCACUGCCUUCUUAAAGAAGAAGGCUGCCACGGCGAUCACUGCAAAGCACGAUAUCAUCGUGUUGAACGUACACUCAAAUAAGAAGACGCUGUCUCAUGGAUUCCUCGCACAGAUCUUUUCCACUUUGGACGAGUAUAAGUUGGUUGUUGAUUUGAUCUCAACGUCUGAAGUGCACGUUUCAAUGGCUUUACAGCACUCUGAUGAUGAAGCUUCCAAUAGGGACCUGAGAGAUGCCGUGCAAGAGUUGAAAAAACUAGGUACCGUUGACGUUACGAGAAACAUGUCCAUCGUUUCAUUGGUUGGUAAGCAUAUGAAGCAGUUCAUUGGUGUUGCUUCCACGAUGUUCUCUACACUUGCUGAACAAGGUAUCAACAUUGAGAUGAUUUCUCAAGAUCUUGUCCAGCUCUUGUCUGAGAAGAAUGUCCUCUUCGGUCUGGUUACCAUAGACCAAGUCAACCUCGGACCCUUCACCUUCAGGGACUCGCCAAUCUCCAUCUCCGCAAUGUGCUUGGAGAUGUUACCCUCUGGGUAG